UCAGACGAUGUUAUUUGGCAAGUCAUCAAUCAUCAGUUCUGUUCUUAUAAAGUCAAAACUGUGACACAAAACUUCUGUAGGAACGAAUAUAACCUUACUGGGUUUUGCACAAGGCAAUCUUGUCCUUUGGCUAAUUCGAGGUAUGCUACUGUGAGGGAAAAGGAAGGUGUUCUCUACCUCUACAUGAAGACAAUUGAAAGGGCGCAUACGCCAGCCAAUAUGUGGGAGAGGGUUAAACUAUCGUCAAAUUACUCCAAGGCGUUGGAACAGAUCGACAAAGAACUCAUUUAUUGGCCAAAUUUCAUCACUCACAAAUGCAAGCAAAGGAUUACGAAGAUUACCCAGUACCUGAUCAAGAUGCGGCGCUUAUCAUUAGCCCAACAACCAAAACUCGUCGGGAUCAAGAAAAAGCUCGAUCGUCGUGAACGCACACGAGAGCGUAAAGCUCUUGCUGCUGCUCAUCUUGAGAAGAACAUUGAAAAGGAAUUACUGGAGCGGCUUCGUUCAAAGGCUUACGGCGAUGCACCUCUGAAUGUGAACGAGGACGUAUGGCGACAAGUGUUAGAUAUGGAUAAAGCCAAGGGUAAGGAGAAAGAGCUUGAGCUGGAAGAUGAGAUGGAGGCAAUGGAGGAAGAAGAGGAAGAGUGGGAGGGAGGAGAUAGAGAAUACGUGGAAGAUAGCGAUGAGGAGAGCACCGGAGAUCUUGAGGAUUAUUCAGGCAGCGAAUUUGAUGAGUAUGAUUCUGACGAGGAAGGGGAAGAGGGACAAUCUUUCCCAUCUGACCUGGAAGUGUCGGAUGAGGAUGAGGACGGAGAAGAGCCACAGCCACCGGCUGCGAAGCCAAAGGGGAAGAAGGAUGAUGUGGCGCCAUCGAAGAUAGGUACGAAGCGUAAAGCAGAUCCGAAGGAACCAAAGAAAGUUGCAAAGAGAAGACCAGGUGCUCGUGUGGACGUGGAAUAUGAGAUGGAGAUGGAGACUGAGCCUCUGUCAAGGGAGAUGGUAAAGAAUUGGUGA